CCCCUCCCCGUCCCCCCUCCCUCUGUGCCGAAACGCGUCCCCGUGUCGAGCACGGCCCGUUUGAGUACCCACCGCACCGGCGAAUUCGCGGUGCUGUGCUCGGCGCGGGACGCGUAUUUCGACAUUCCUGGGUCAUCUCGGCCUAGGAGGGGUUGA